UGGCGCUGACUUUCUGAAAAGAUGGAAGGGGAAGAAGAUAAUGUUUGUGGGCGACUCGCUGAGUCUAAAUCAGUGGAACUCGUUAGCUUGCAUGCUCCACGCUGCAGUUCCAAACGCUAAGACCACCUUCGUUAGGAAAAGCCCAAUUUCUUAUAUUACAUUCGAGGAUUAUGGGGUGACAAUAUAUCUGUACACAAGCCACUAUUUGGUUGAUAUAGUAAAGGAAGCAAGAGGCAAUGUCCUAAAACUAGACUCCAUUAUUGUUGGAGGCAAAGCGUGGCAAGGAAUGGACAUGCUUAUAUUCAACACAUGGCAUUGGUGGUUUCACACCGCUGCGUCCCAAGGUUGGGACUUCAUCCAAUAUGGUUCCACCAUAGCCAAGGACAUGAACCGCCUCCAAGCGUUUACCCGGGCCCUCACCACGUGGGCCCGUUGGGUCGACCAGAACGUCGACCCUGCCAAGACUAAGGUCUUCUACCAGGGAAUUUCUCCCACUCACUAUCAGGUUAGGACUUGUGCUGCGGAGCACGAGCCCCAAAAAGGGCCGACGAAUUCGACGAGGGUGCCGGCAGCAGCGAGAAUAAUAAGCAACGUGUUGGGCACAAUAAGGAAGCCGGUUCAUCUACUCGAUGUGAUGGCUCUAUCGGAGCUAAGGAAAGACGCUCAUCCGUCGAAAUACAGCCGAGGCCAUGGCCUCGACUGCAGCCAUUGGUGCAUACCCGGAUUGCCGGAUACAUGGAACCAGCUUCUUUACGCUGCCCUUGUUUGAGAUUUUUCAUGAGUUU